CCCAUUCCUGAUAAACAGAGUUGUUUACCCAUGACGUCCCCCCUGGAGAGAAGGUCCGUGUUCUGAAAACCUGACAGUCGCUCCCUAAUCCUAAGAUGGACGCAGGACCCUGUUACCUCCUGGGAUUGUUUAUCAGAAUCAUAACUAGGGCUGGGGGAAGCAGCCAUGCCUACCUGGGGGGCUGGUUCCCCAUCCCCUGACCGCUUUGCGGUGUCUGCGGAGACAGAGGACAAGGUGCGGGAGCAGCAGCCCCACAUGCAGCGCAUCUUCAGCGUGGGAGUGAGCGUCCUCGCAAAGGACUGUCCGGAGAACCCUCACAUCUGGCUGCAGCUUGAGGGCCCCAAAGAGAACGUCAGCAGAGCCAAGGAGUACCUGAAGGGUCUCUGCAGCCCCGAGCUGCAAGAUGAAAUCCACUACCCGCUCAAACUGCAUUGCGUCUUCCUGGGAGCACAUGGCUUCUUCCUUGAUUGCCUGGUCUGGAGCACAUCAGCCCACCUGGUGCCUGGGGUGCCUGGCUCACUGAAGAUCAGUGGCCUGACUGAGGCCUUUGUCAUGGCACAGAGCCGGGUGGAGGAGCUAGUGGAGAGGCUGAGCUGGGACUUUCGGCCGGGGCCGUCCCCCGGGGCCUCUCAGUGUGCUGGAGUGCUGAGAGACUUCUCUGCCCUGCUGCAGCCCCAGGGGGAUGCCCACAGAGAGGCCCUGCUGCAGCUGCCCUGGGCUGUCCAGGAGGAGCUGCUGAGUCUGGUGCAGGAGGCGUCCAGGGGGCAGGGGCCACAAGCACUCUCUUCCUGGGAUGGGAGGAGCCCAGGCUUGCUGGGUGCUCAGGGCCAGGGUAUCAGAGCUCCCCCAAAUGAAGGCAGAGAGUCCCUGGACACUGGAUCUGUGGGGCGGGAAGAGUCAAGGGGAGAGAGUCAUGCUGUGGAGAAGGAGAGAGGGAAACAGCAUGGUGCCAGGGAGAUGGAUUUGGGGUGGAAGGAGUUGCCUGGGGAAGAGGCCUGGGAGAGAGAAGUGGCCUUCAGGCCACAGUCAGAGGGUGGAGGGGCAGGGGGGUUGGGGCCUCUGAAAGGGAAGGUCUUGGGGAAGGAGGGGGUGCCUCAGGAAAGAGGAGGGUUCGGUGUCCAGAGUGAGCCUGCCAGUGCCCAUGGCCCUUGUCAGAGGGCAGUUCCACCCCGGGGAGCCUCCCUCCUCCAGCGGCUCCACAAUGGGCAAGCCUCGCCACCAAGAGUGCCCAGCCCUCCACCUGCGCCUGAACCCCCAUGGCACUGUGGAGACCGAGGAGACAAGCAGCAGGCCAUGGCUCGAGGUCGGGGGUCUCCAUGGAAACGAGGUACCCGGGGGGGCAACUUGGUGACUGGCACACAGCGUUUCCAGGAGGCCCUACAAGAUCCUUUUACCCUGUGCCUUGCCAAUGUGCCUGGCCAGCCAGACCUCCGCCAUAUUGUCAUUGAUGGCAGCAACGUGGCCAUGGUGCAUGGCCUUCAGCACUACUUCUCUAGCCGGGGCAUUGCUAUUGCUGUGCAGUACUUCUGGGACCGUGGCCACCGUGACAUAACUGUCUUUGUGCCUCAGUGGCGCUUCUGUAAGGAUUCCAGGGUAAGAGAGAGUCACUUCCUGCAAAAGCUGUACUCCCUUAGCCUUCUCUCCCUCACCCCCUCACGAGUCAUGGAUGGCAGGAGGAUCUCCUCCUAUGAUGACAGGUUCAUGGUGAAGCUGGCUGAAGAGACCGAUGGGAUCAUUGUCUCCAAUGACCAGUUCCGGGACCUGGCGGAGGAGUCCGAGAAGUGGAUGGCAAUCAUCAGAGAGCGCCUGCUGCCCUUCACCUUCGUGGGAAACCUUUUCAUGGUCCCUGAUGACCCGUUGGGGCGAAAUGGUCCCACCCUAGAUGAGUUCCUGAAGAAGCCAGCCAGGACACAGGGGUCUUCUAAGGCUCAGCAUCCUUCCAAGGGCUUUGCAGAACAAGGUAAUCAGCAGCAAGGGAGAGAAGAGGAAAAAGGCAAUGGUGGCAUUCGGAAGACCCGGGAGACAGAGCGGCUCCGGCGCCAGCUGCUGGAAGUGUUUUGGGGUCAGGAUCACAAGGUGGACUUUAUCCUGCAGCGGGAGCCAUACUGCCGGGACAUUAACCAGUUGUCUGAGGCCCUGCUCAGUCUCAACUUUUGAGCCUCACCUGUCUGAGUGGCUGCUGCCCGUUAGCUCCAGCCUCCUCCAGCUCCUCCCACCUCAGCCCCUUCUGUGAGAGUCUCUCUGCUGCUCAGACUGUGACCCAGACUCAUUCUGAGUUGGUGCUUUGGGUUAGGGAAGCACCGAGGAAGGGCAUUCCAGUGUGGGGGACAGGUCCAUAAAGUGACUUGAUCUCAUCUUGAGUUAGGACUUUAACCAGCUCUCAAGAGGUCCUGCUCAGCCUUAACCUCCCAACCUUGCCUCAGUGUAGGGAGUGGGGGCUGCUGGAAAGGCUAAGUCCUGGAGACUGGGACUCUUGGCUCCACCUCCAAGCUGAGUUGGGGUGGAGGAUAGGGUGGGUGGGAGGUGGCAAGGAAGCUAAGCUUUUCCUCCCCCUGGCUGCUGCUCUGGAUGGCCAGAGGACUGGAUGCUUCCCAGGCCUAUCUGGGCUUCUGAGAGCAUUGAAGGGAAUGCUGGGCCCUGGAAGUGCUGUAGUGUAUGGGGCCUGGGUCACAGUGGGGUAGCAGUGAGCUGGUGAAGGCAGAGGGAGACAUGGCUUCUAGUCUCAGCUGUGCCUGUCUGUGACUUUUGAUUGAGCUGCUUGGCCUUUACUUCUGCCUACUAAUCAGGGGUAAAAAUACCUGUUGGGAAGAGAAAUGAGAACAUAGAGGAAAGCUCCUUGGAGGAAAAGUGCUUGGACCAAGUCUCAGGUGUGUUUGCUUGUGGCUGCACAGGCUCUCUAACCAAAACCUCACUUUCAGAGAGAUGUGGGUCCUCUUUCUCCAGGGCCCAUGCCCUAGAUUUUAACACUGCAUCCUCAGUAUAACAUGCCCUAUAAUGGCUGCGUACCUUUUGGGCAACCUCCAAAAUCCACACUUACAAUAGUUAAAUUAGGGUUGACUGCAUUACCAAAAUACUCUCAGGGUUCCUAUAAAUGGCAGCUGUCCUAUUGCAUUCAAGUGUUUACAGAUUCACAAAUGUGUCGGAAAAUCCCUGGUUAGAUGCACUUACUGGUGUUGAGAGCAUUCACCAAAUCGAUGAAGCCAUGCUCUGCAAUGACAAUGUUAAUGUGAUCUUACCCUAACGUUUUCUCUACAGAAGAUAUGUAUAAAGCGAGGCACACUUCUGCUUUU